AUGAAAUCGCAAGCUAGAUUGCUAUUAGAUAAAAUGAAUUGCUCUCAAUUAAACAUUAAACAUAAAUAAAAACCAUCCACAUAAUUUAAGUUAAUGGUUUUGAGAUACAACUGGAGUUUAGCAAUCAAUAAACUGCAGAAAAUCAUAAUUAAAAGAUGUCAUCAACCUUUAUUGAAUCUUUAGGAAGAAAGCUAAAACAUGAAAAAAUCCAGAUCUCAAUAGCCAAGCCUUUUGUUAACAAACAAAAUAUUUUCACAUCUACGAUAUCAUUCCCAUGUUGUAUAAUCUGAUUCCAGAAGCGAAGAAGAAAUAUCUACAAAAAGGCAAGAAGAACUCGAAUCAACUUAAAAAAAUAGUAAUAGAUGUGAGAAAGCACAGAAAACAGUCAUAGCACAAAUUUUGUAAACCAAAUAAAACGGUAUUAAAGAGUAAGUGAAGGUUAGCACAUAAAGCAGACUCGAUUAACUAAAAUUUAAUGAGGAAUUUUUGGGCUUGUUCAAAAAAUAGAAAGAAGUUUGUCAUUUCGGUUAUUUAUGUAAUUUCUUGAGUUUAAUUUUAGCUUAAAAUAAAGUGAAAGAGCAGGAAAUUCUAAUUAAAAAGAUAUUAGAUAGCAGACCUUGCAAACCCACACCAGAUCUAAAAACCUUCCUUUCUCUUAUUAAGAAACCUCAUGUCGAAAUCGAAUAAAGCAAACCAAAAUAAUAACAAGAAUUUGUACUGCAUUUAAUUUUUGGGAUAUUUUUAUUAAUUUUUAUGAGUAUAUAUAUAGUAAUUUGA